AAUCCUCGCAAAAAACGGUUGGUGCAACCUUGCAGCCUCAUCUAUGUUCCGAUGAGGCCACAACGGAAUGUCGUGCGACUUAAUUGAAUUUGCAUCGUCAUGCACACGUCCGCCCCGUUGAAAACAAAGUCCGUCGUAGCUGUCCAAGAGUCUGGCUGGUUGGGAAAGACCUUCCGCGACCGCAUCUGGAGCUUGGAACAAGGUACAUUGACCAUGACAACCAACGGCCACCCCACGAAACCGGUGAGCGUCCACGUCGAGAGCGGCAAAGUGUGGCAAGGAAUGAAGUUUGGGUUCAAAGUUAAGACCGACGAUGGUAUGGUCAUCCGCGCUCACGCGAACUCGAAAGCCCAGUGGGCAGCCUGGCUACAAGCACUCCACAACUUGGCCCCAACCGAGCACAAGUCUGCCACGAAAGUGCACUUCUGUGACAUGGUCCGUGUGCGUGUGAUCCCAAGCAGCGACGACGAAGACUGCACGACGUCCUCUGACGACGAGAACGGAGACUGAUUGCGUUUUCACUCAAUACAUCUCCCAAGUGCCAUGCUGCAGAACUGCCUCCAACCUUUCGUCGCCUUGUCCAACAGGAUGUGCCGCGCCAGCUAAGUAUCAUCUACUGUAGCUAGCAUGCCCCACAAAAGAGGCAUUGCCAAACACGUGGCGUGCCUUCAAGUCAAGUCUCUGCGGCCAUUUACGUUAAUAUAUAUAUAAGCGCCAACCGAUU